GCCUCACCAUGAAGUCUGGUGGCCUCGUCUUCUUCCUCGUGGGGCUCUUCGCUCUCUGUGCCAUGAUGCCCUCUGCCUCAGCCCAAGGUAUGUGAGCCCAUUGGGGCCAAUCCUUCUGAUGCUGGUUUGUGUGGGCCUCCAAGUGGGACCCCCUUCACCCCACACCCCCAAAGCCUUCCAGGUGUGGAGUCCAGACUCUUCAGAGGAGCAGAGGCACCGCUAUACCUGGGAAUGUUGUGCUGCUGAGUUGUAUUGAUUAAGCUGUGUCAGCAAUUGGGUGUAGUAUAUAAGGAGCAGCACCUAGCUCUCCCAUUACCCUGGGAGUUGUAUCUUAAUCAAUUGUUUUAUAUCUGGUGUUAGCUGUCCUGAGCCCGCUCUUGGCUGAGGAGGGUGGGGUAUAAAUGAAAUUAUUAUUAUUAUUAUUAUUAUUAUUAUUAUUAUUACCCGUUGGAACUCACCACCUAUUGAUCCAAGGCAGGUGCCUUCAUGGUACGCUUUUCAGCACCUAAAACCAUCGCAUUGUAGAGUUGGAAGUUACUCCUGAGGGUCAUCUCCAUGGUCUAGAAAGUUCCUUUUCAAAGAAAGGUCUGAGAACCUUUCGGCCACUUGGCCCAGAUCUUUCUCUCUCCAUGAUCCCAAGGGCCAACUGUGAUAUGUGGGUGGAACAAGCCGCCUGCUCAAUCAUCCGACUGUCCUAGUGAUAUCAGUGGCAUCAUUGUGUCAAUCAUGCAGCACGUCCACAGCAACCGGCUGGGAAAGGUCUGCUUUCACCUGCUCUGCCGUUAGAUAUGGCAUCAAGGGCAGGGCAGGUGGGCGUGACUUGGCCAAGAGGGCCUUGCAGGGAAAAUGGGGAGGCCGAGGUACCUGGAGACCCCCCACUCCUGUUUUAAAUGAGAGCCAGGGUUACAGGAGAAGACAGGCCCCAGUGGGCAUUGUUAGAAUCUGGAUAAAAUCCAGCCCACCGGAGAAGAGAGCCCCCUGAGCAAAAUGCAGGCCAGGCUUGUAUUCUGUCCACAACCACUUGCAUUGAGGCCCCCACCCCCAUACCACUCAAUCUUCUUGCGGUUCCUGCAUUGCUCACUUUUGGAUUAGAUGACCUUUGGAGUCCCCUGUAACUCUACAAUUUUAUCGUACCUUAUUAUACCAAAGGGGACGCGGGUGGCGCUGUGGGUAAAACCUCAGUGCUUAGGGCUUGCCGAUCGCAUGGUCGGCAGUUCGAAUCCCUGCGGCGGGGUGAGCUCCCGUCUUUCGGUCCCAGCUCCUGCCCACCUAGCAGUUCGAAAGCACCCCUAAGUACAAGUAGAUAAAUAGGUACCGCUUUAUAGUGGGAAGGUAAACGGCGUUUCCGUGUGCUGCGCUGGUGCUGGCUCGCCAGAGCAGCUUCAUCACGCUGGCCACAUGACCCGGAAGUGUCUCCGGACAGCGCUGGCUCCCGGCCUCUAGAAUGAGAUGAGCGCACAACCCUAGAGUCGGACACGACUGGCCCGUACGGGCAGGGGUACCUUUACCUUUACCUUUUAUUAUACCAAAAAAUUAUAAGAACAUUCAUUCCAUUUCUCCACAAAGAUUAUCCAUUGUCUGCCCUCUUUAAAACAUUUGUUAGCUUGAUCAUGCACACAGUAUUCCACACCUUUAUAUUUUAAUCUUCCAAAGUCCAAAUUCUCAUUCUCACCCCAUGGAUGAUGGCCCAGGCGUUGUACCCCUGUUCACUUCACUUACCAACUUGCCCCCACCCAACCCCCCAUCCUCUUAUCCAACUGCCCUCCCCUGAUAUUUCACCAAACCUUACAGCUUGCACCGUGACUCCUCACCAUUACCUGUCCCCUUACACCUCAGCAGAGCUCACUAGACCACCCAUACUUCCCUUAGGCCCUACUGCCCUAUCCUUAGAAGCAUUCCGGCAGGUCCUGCUUGCGCUGUUGGCCCAGCUGCAUCUUUCUCCUCCCCCCCCCCAUCUCGCUUGCCAGCACUGCUGUCAGAAGUUAUCACACUGUAGUUCACAGCAUUACCUGUUGGCAGCCAAGCAAAGUGCUGCCUGAUGACAACCUUGCCUUUUUAUUCUAUAUCAAGAUACAGCAUUCUUUCAAAGUGCUGUGUGGAGUUUCCAUUUUCAUUCCACUGCUUGCUACCCGUUGAAAACCAAAUCCCCAGUAGAGCAUCUCAGUAUGGGUGUCACCUUUUUCUCUUCCAGUGCGCCCUGGACGGUGUCCCCGGCCCACUGGAGAUGGGCACUGCGCAGAACUCUGUCAGGGUGAUGCCUCUUGCCCACCUGGGGAGAAGUGUUGCAGCAAUGGCUGUGGCCACCAAUGCAUGAGAGCCAUUCAAGGUAAGAGAAGCCAGCGGGUGCCAAGCCCGUCACUCACAGCAAGGCCCCCAGAAGAGCUGUGGCAGGAAGGGAGUUAGGCCAGGAGGAAGGGAGUUAGGCCAGGGAGAGGCAACUCCUCUCGUUGGGUAAGGAGGAUGGAAAGUGGAAAUGAUUUUUCUCCACAAAAUGAUUAGAUCAGCGGUUCCCAAAGGUUCUGAGUCGUGGAGCACUUCUCAGGAGAGAAUUUUUUUAUGGAGCACAGUUGCCUCCCUGAUGCCAAAGGCACAUAUUUAUUUAUUUUUAUUUCCAGUCUCUUUGUGGAGCCCUUGGAGAUGCCUCACGGGGCACCAAGCGCUCUGUGGAGCCCAGUUUAGGAACCGCUGAGUUAGAUGGUAUAGCAGCUGCACACCUUGCCACCUCUCUUGGCUUCCGCAAGGGCCAGCGGCUUGUUGUUUUAUUUAAAUUCUUUAAAUGAAAGCUUGGGAGACGAGCUAAUGGUGACGAUGAGACCAGGUGGCUUGGGAAAAACGGCUAAUUAGAGUGCGGAUAAAGCUCGUGUCUGUGUCCACAAUUGCUUGGCUAUAAUCUGCCGCACAAUACAGCACAAUUAUUUUGUGUUGAUGGUUUCCAUGGCUAGUUAGCAACCAACAGGCAUCUGGGAUGAGUGACCUGCAUUGUUAAACUACAUCAUUCGUUCCCAGAAUAAGUAAUGAUGGCCACCAACUUGGAUGGCUUUGGAAGAGGGUUAGACAAAUUCAGGCUAUCAAGGGCUACUAGUCACAAGGGCGAUGCUCUGUUUCCACUCCUGGAGACAGCAUGUCUCUAGAUACCAGUUGUUGGAGACCACAAGUGGGGAGAGGGCUGCUGUUGUGCUCAGGUCCUGCUCCUGGGCUCACCAAAAUGGGCAUCUGGUUUGGCUACUCUGAGGAGAAGAUGCUGGACUAGAUGGGCCACUGGCCUGCUCUAGGGGCUCUUAUGUUCUUCUGGGGCCUCCAGAGACAGCCUAUCCAGAGGUUCUUGGGGACAUCUGACUGCUUUGAGAACAGCAUGCUGGGCUAGAUGGGUCACUGGUCUGAUCCUGCUGCCAAGCUCUUCUGACACUUUCUCUUCUGUCCUAGGGUAACUUGGACUCCAGAGUGGAUGAGCCCCUCCGUGAGACUCCUCACCUUGAACAGGCACCGCAGACUUCUCUCUGGCUUCCUUGGGAGCAGAAGACUGUACAGUGGCCUGAAACCCUAGGCUCACCCAAUAAAAAUGAUAUGAGUUUCCCAUGAACCUUGGUCUCCGCCAUCAAGUUACUGGGGAGACAAAGGAGAGGUUACUGGUCUGCUGUGAAUGUAUAGCAGUGUGUAAAUGGGAUGGCCUGCUGGUCUCCGGGGAAACCGGUUCAUCUGGAAGGAC